ACAAAUUCUACAGGAACCAUUAUGUUCGGGUGUAGUUUCCUACGGAGUGGUCGCUUGACGAACUCAAAUCGAGCAGUGGAUGGGAUCUUUGGGUUUGGACCGCAGAAUUUGUCAAUUGUCUCUCAACUUGCCUCACAAGGCAUAGCACCCAAUGUAUUUUCCCACUGCUUGAGAGGAGAUAACAGUGGUGGAGGUAUACUGGUUCUUGGACAGAUUGUGGAGCCGAAUAUAGUUUAUACCUCGCUUGUCCCAUCACAGUCCCAUUAUAAUAUCAAUCUACAAAGCAUUUCUGUAAACGGUCAAAAGCUAGCAAUUGAUCCAUCAAUUUUUGCAACAUCAAGCAACUCAGGAACAAUAGUUGAUUCUGGGACAACUUUGGCAUAUCUUGAAGAAACAGCUUAUAAUGCCUUUCUCAAUGCUGUAAGUUAUUUGAGCAUUUCCCAUCUUCUUGAAUCAAUAGCAUCGUUUCACCAUCAGUGCAAGCCUGGUCAAUCGAGGGAUUUCUAUGCUAUUCAAUCAUCUCCAAGUUCAUUUCCUGAUAUACUGUCUCAUUUCUUUGUCAGUAUAACUGACGUAUUUCCUCAAGUGACUCUAAACUUUACUGAAGGCGCAUACAUGACUCUAAACCCUCAGGAUUAUCUUAUACAGCCGAAUGUUAAUGGUAGAGAAUAUUGGUGCCUUGGCAUUAUGGCAACAACAGUGCAACAGUUAACAAUUUUAGGAGAUGUUAUUCUAAAGGACAAAAUCGUUGUUUAUAAUCUGGCCAAUCAAAAGGUCGGAUGGGCAAGCUAUGACUGUUCACAAUCAGUUACUGUCAAGACAAUUAACGGACAAGAGGUUAAUGUCUCAGGAGCAGGAGCGUCGAGUAGCAGUCCACCUCCACCAAGUAACAGUUCCCCAAGUUACAGUCCACCUCCACCAAGUUCUACUUCACCAAGUUACAUUCCACCUCCUCCAAGUUCUACUUCACCAAGUUACAGUCCACCUCCUCCAAGUAAUAGUCCACCAAGUUUCAGUUCAGCAAAUAACAGUUCACCUCAAAACAUACCGAGGAGCACGAUAACUUCCUUGAUAAACAUAUUUAUGUUCGUUAUUCUGGAGAAGACUAUUCCGUCCAGUCAACAACUCAACCUGAGCCAACUCAUUGCACGUGAUGCAGCCAGGCACAGAAGGUUGUUGACGUCCUCUGGUGGGGUCGUUAAUUUCUCGCUUAAUGGGGACUACAAUCCGUUUAUUGCAGGGCUUUAUUACACAAAAGUAUUUCUGGGUUCUCCUCCACAGGAAUUCCACGUACAGAUUGACACUGGAAGUUAUAUUUCUUGGGUCAGUUGCAAAUCCUGCAAUGACUGCCCGCGGAAAAGUGAAUUUCCAUUUCAGCUAAAUUUCUUUGAUCCAGGGAGCUCAUCAACAGCUUCAUUAGUAUCCUGUUCAGACCAAAGAUGCAAUUUAAGACUCCAAUCAUCAGAUUUUAUCUGUACAUCUAACAGCAACCAGUGCGAUUACAAUAUCACAUAUGAUGAUGGUAGUGGGACGUUAGGCCACUAUGUCUCGGAUUCGUUGCAGUUUGAUACAGUUUUUAAUGGCUCUGUCACUACAAAUUCUACAGGAACCAUUAUGUUCGGGUGUAGUGUCUUCCAGAGUGGUGACUUGACGGAGUCAAAUGGAGCAGUGGAUGGGAUCUUUGGGUUUGGACCGCAGAAUUUGUCAAUUAUCUCUCAACUUGCCUCACAAGGCAUAGCACCCAAUGUAUUUUCCCACUGCUUGAGAGGAGACAACAGUGGUGGAGGUAUACUGGUUCUUGGAAAGAUUGUGGAGCCCAAUAUAGUUUAUACCUCGCUUGUCCCAUCCCAGUCCCAUUAUAAUAUCAAUCUACAAAGCAUUUCUGUCAACGGUCAAAAGUUAGCAAUUGAUCCAUCAGUUUUUGCAACAUCAAACAACUCAGGAACAAUAGUUGAUUCUGGGACAACUUUGGUGUUCCUUGCAGAAACAGCUUAUGAUGUCUUUAUUCAUUUCAUCAAUAGCACUGUUUCACCAUCAGUGCUUCAAUCAAUCAGCGAACAAUCCCCAGGGAUGGAAGAGCAAUGCUAUUCAUUCAAAUCCAGUGACAAUGUCCUUGCCAUAUUUCCUCAAGUUAGUUUCAACUUUUCUGAUGGCGCAUCCAUGAUUUUGAACCCUCAAGAUUAUCUUUCACUGCAGAAUAACACCAAUGGUGUUGCAACUUGGUGCCUUGGCUUUGCAAAAACACCAGGAUCAGAACUGACGAUUUUAGGAGAUGUAAUUUUACAGGACAAAAUCGUUGUUUAUGAUCUGGACAAUCAAACAGUCGGAUGGGUAAACUAUGACUGUUCACAAUCAGUUAAUGUCUUGACGAUUAACGGGACACUGGUUAGUGUACCAGCAGAACAAUCGAAUAACAGUAACAGUCCACCUCCACCAUCGAAUAACAGUAACAGUUCACCUCCACCAAGUUAUAGUUACUUCAUAAGCAUAAUUAUGCUUGUUAUUGUAAUAUUUCUGUAGCAUAAGUAUACCCUAGUAAAGAGGUCUGGAACCCUGCUAUCUAUCCCACUAGUUUGCAAUUACAUUGGCCCCAAAUACAACAUGUAACGUUUC